CUUUCAUUUCUGGGACCAAAAUAAGCCUCAUGUCCAGCAGUGAUUGGUGAGUUGGUGGGGCACUCCUCAGCAAGAUGGCUGCAUUGCUGCGCGCAAUAGUGGCAUCCUGGUGAAAUGACGCAAGCCACAGUUUACGUUCAGUCCUUCAGGCUGUGAGCUCUCCGGUCUCCAUAGCGCAGAUCCCGCCCGACUCUCAGCCGGAAGACCGACCGGCUAUCCUCCAGUGGACCGAGCGGACCCGGUUCAUUUGAGUGAGAGUGCGAUGAGGAGAGGUUUCAGAGUGUGAGGCCAUGGGCUGCACCUCGGCCAAGCAGGUGUCGGCCGUGCCCAACGAUGAGGAGGGACGCGGCAAGGCCUACAGCAACGGCGACCUCUUCAGUGACGAAUACAAGAUGAAGGGCGUGGAGGAGGUGAAGUACAUGAGAGGGGAUGAAAACCGGGUGAACGCUCGCAACCAGGAGAACCUGGAGAAAAGUAAUGUGCAGUACAGAGGCAAACCGCAGAAGGAGGUUUCUUCAGCAAACAUCAAAUCAAAUAUUCACACGUCAGAGAGCCAGCAGGAAUUUUUCAGGAUGCUGGAUGAAAAGAUUGAGAAGGGGCAGGACUUCUGUUCGGAGGAGAAGGAGGAAAAUGGGACAUAGCAAAGAGGGCCCCCAAGGUCCACCCCAACAGAGCCUCCCAGUGUGUGUGUGUGUGUGAUAUAUAUGCGUACUCGUGUGCCUGAGAGAGUUGAAUCAGUGGUUAACCAAUGGGGCGCUGAUAUGAUGGGACAAAGUAUGUGUUGGUUAAGCAUGUGUGUUUUUGGACGUAUGGCAAAGAUAGUAUUUUAAUGGAAAGUGAAAGAGUGGGGAAUAAAUGUGAGAAAGAGAAAGAGAGAUAUAUGGAUACUGGAAGACUUUUCCGGAGAGUCUACAGCCCCCCUCAGACCUUCAGGCCCCCCAACAGAUGCAUGAAAGGUGAAGAUGGAGGACGAUGUGACAGGAAGAGUCAUUUCCACAAGCAGGACAAGAGAAUCCCUCUAUCUGACCCUUCGUAUCUGUACCCCCGUGGUUCGAUCCUGAACAUUGAACUCCUGCAAACGGACAAAGGUACUCCCAAAAUGGAAGCCCAGAGAGGACAAAUGUCUUUGGUGGGAGCGUGCUGGACUGAGAGACUCACAAGUGAAGAGGAGAGGAAGCGCUGGCAGGAAAAGAUGGCAAAGGCAGAGGAGUUACGUAUCACCGCCGGGAUCCAUACUGAACUUUUACGGCCUGCCUACUUCCAACCAGGCCGGCCACGAGGGACUGAGUGAAUGGAUGAGGGCGUCUGAGGGAUGAAAGAGUGAAAAAGCGAUAUUUUAAUAAGAAAGAGUAGGGAGCGAGCAGAUGAAUUGCAAACUCAAAACUCCUCCUGCCUUCUAAAGUCAAGGACCUUUUUUUUUUUUUAAGACAAACUUUUUUUUAUUCUGUUUCGCAGCCACUUUUUCAGUUUUUUGUUUCUUUUUCUGAUGUUUUCUCCUGUUUGUCUUACUCUUGGCUUCCUUCGUAGUGUAUCAUCAUCAUCAACUCCAUUAUCAUCCUCCUCACUACAGCAGGCAGACUGAAGCUGUGUUGAGUCAGAGCAUCUGAACAUCCUCCUCCAUGAACCAUAACAGUGAAGAUUCUAGGGUGAAACACACAUACACACACAUAUACACACAAACAUGGAUUUUUUUAUUGUACAUAUCGUAGCACACUCAUUCCAACACAUCUCAGUAUGUACAUACAAACCACACACAUUAUUGUAUCAUCUCACCAGCAGACGCUCAUGUGUGUGUGAAGAUUUCCUGUUAAGCUCUAUUUCUGCUUUGAUUCAGUGUUCACACACACACACACACACACACACACCCCAGGCUGAGCGCGAGAGGAGGAUGGCUGUGUAGAAACAUCCCAUUUUUUGUUGUCUUCAUCUUUACCGGAUUCUUCCUGUUGUAUUAUUUUGGAUACUUUUUUGCUAUUAAAAAUAAAAACAAAGAAGCUCUUAA